GGAGAAGAGGAGAGAAGAGAGGAGAGGAGAGAGGAGAGGAGAGAGGACCAGACCAGUGACUGAGAGCAGUGGAGACCAGUGCGGGAGACUCGUCGCUCAACGGGACUCCACGUAAAUAAAGGCAGCACAGCAGGCUCCGUGUUUGGCGAACGAGCAGAUAAGAUUGAAGAAAAACCACAGACGAUAGAGAACAAGCCUACUCGCCGACAGGAGGAGAAGAGAGUGGAUUCGUGUGUCUCUGCUGUGAGCGAGUGAGUGAGUGAGGGAUUGAGGGAGCCCUCGUUCUCACACGGUGUGACUGAGCUGAGAGACGGGGCGUCGUCAUAUUCGGGGGCAGAACUUUGGAUCACACGCUGAUAAUGGAGAGGAGGAGGAUGGACACGGCGCUGCUCGUGGUGCUGGUAAUGGGACACCUUGCCACCGCCCUGGAGGUUCCACUGGACCUUCUUGAAGGAUUGCCGCAGCCGCCGACCAUAACUCACCAAUCCCCCAAGGAUUACAUCAUCGACCCACGGGAGAACAUUGUAAUCCACUGUGAGGCGAAGGGGAAGCCUCAUCCCAGCUUCUCUUGGACAAGAAACGGGACCCAUUUUGACAUCGACCAGGAUCCCAAUGUGACUAUGAAGCCCCACUCUGGGACUCUGGUAGUGGACAUCAGCAGGGAGAAGGCUGACAUUUAUGAGGCGGUGUACCAGUGCAUAGCGAGAAACAUACACGGAACUGCUGUUUCCCACAACAUAGUCAUACGCCAGUCCAGAUCCCCCUUGUGGUCAAAGGAGAAAAUCAAGCCAGUUGUCAUUCAGGAGGGCGGCUCCUUGGUGUUGCCAUGUCAACCACCUGCUGGCCUGCCCCCUCCCAUAAUAUUCUGGAUGGACAAUAACUUCCACAGGCUGCCUCAGAGCAGCAGGGUGUCCCAGUCCCUGAAUGGAGACCUUUACUUCUCUAAUGUCCUCCUAGAGGAUUCCAGAAAUGACUACAUCUGCUACGCCCGCUUCCCGCACACACGAACCAUCCAGCAGAAACAGCCCAUCAGCGUCACGGUCCUCAAUAUGGAUGCAAUCAAUGACACAAUGGCAGCUUUUUACAAUGACACUGAUUUAUUUAGUGAAGACCCAGUGGAAGAGAGGAGGCCAACUUUCCUCAUACCAUCUGGCUCCUCCAGCUCCAAGAUGGUGUUGAGAGGACAGGUGCUGGAGAUGGAGUGUAUUGCAGAGGGACUGCCCACCCCGGAAAUCUCCUGGUCCAAAGUGAGCGGUGAACUCCCAUCCAAGGGCACAUCCUUCCUGCACUACCAGAAGACACUGAGAAUUGUGAAUGUGUCAGAGUCAGAUGCCGGAGAUUACCGCUGCACUGCCAGGAAUCAGCUUGGCUCAGAGCACCACACCAUUCAUGUUACGGUCAAAGCUGCUCCUUACUGGAUCAUUGGCCCUCCCAGGAACCUUGUCCUGGCUCCAGGAGAGAAUGGUGUGCUGACCUGCAGAGCCAGUGGCACACCCAAGCCCUCAGUCACCUGGGCUAUGAAUGGCAUCUCCAUAGAGAAAUCCCCAAAGGACCUUAGCAGAAAUGUGGAAGACGACACUAUCAUCUUCACUGACAUACAGACGGGAUCCAGCGCGGUCUAUCAGUGUAAUGUCUCCAAUGAUCAUGGUUACCUGCUGUCCAAUGCCUUCGUCAAUGUCCUCUCGGAGCCGCCCAGAGUGCUGACGCCAAGCAACAAAGUCUACCAGGUCAUCAAAAAUCACCCAGCCUUGAUAGACUGCGCCUUCUUUGGGUCACCCAUCCCUAAAAUUACAUGGUUUAAAGACAGUCGGUCCAGCACGCUGGUGGGAGACCCGUACAUCCUACAUGACAAUGGGACUUUGGAGAUUCACAAGGCUCAGGCCCGAAACGGUGGCAAAUACACCUGCGUGGCCAGAAACAACCUUGGUAUCUAUGAGAAUCACGUCUACCUGGAGGUCAAAGAGCCCACACGCAUCCUGAAGCAGCCCGAGUACAAAGUGAUACAGAGGUACAGGUCCGCAGUGCUGGAGUGUAAGGUGAAACACGACCCCACCCUGGUCCCCACCAUGAGCUGGCUCAAAGACGAUGACGAGCUCCCUGAUGAUGAGAGAUUUGUUGUAGACUCGGACAGCCUCACCAUCAUGGAUGUGACAGAGAGUGACGCGGGUGUCUACACCUGCAUCGUGAACACCACUCUGGACCAUGACUCAGCGAGUGUUGAGCUUACUGUAGUUGAGGCCACUCCAACACCAGCUGUUGUCUACGAGCGACCCGACCCACCCACUGACCUGGAGCUGACUGACCAGAAAAAGAGGAGUGUUCAACUUACAUGGACCCCUGGGGAUGAACACAACAGUCCUAUUCAGAACUUUCUGAUCCAGUAUGAAGAUUCACUGCACCACAGAGGUUACUGGCAUAAUCUUACUGAGGUCCCUGGAACCAAGACCACAGCUCACCUCAAACUGUCCGCCUACGUCCACUACACCUUCAGAGUUUUGGCCCUCAACGCCGUGGGCUUCAGCCGCCCCAGCUCACCCUCCAAGAUUUACAAGACAGAACCUGCAGCUCCAGACGAGAACCCCACAGGUGUACAGGGAUUUGGAACAGAACAUGACAAUCUUGUAAUUUCCUGGACGCCACUGUCAGGGCUCCAGUCUAAUGGCCCAGGGCUUCGUUAUAGAGUAAUGUGGAGGCAGAAGGCAGUUGACAGUGAUUGGACCUCAGAGACUGUGGCCAACAACUCCCGCUUUGUUGUGUCUGGAACGCCCACAUUUGUUCCGUACGAACUAAAAGUUCAGGCGGUGAACGACCAUGGGGUUGGACCUGAACCUGCUAUUGCCCAUGGCUUUUCAGGAGAGGACUUGCCAGUAGGAGCUCCAGAAAAUGUCCAGGCCAUGGUGCUCAACAGCACACUGGCAGAGGUGCACUGGGAACCAGUACCUCAUAAAUUAAUACGUGGACAAAUCAAAGGAUACAAGGUGUACUACUGGAAAGAGCAUGCGCUCCACAAACACAACCCCCAUCAAAUGGAGAAGCAGAUCCUGACCUUCAGUGGAAACCACAGCCACGGCAGGUUGCCUGCUCUGCACCCAUUCAGCCUCUACUCCUUCAAUGUCAGGGUCUAUAAUGGCAAGGGAGACGGUCCCCCAAGUCCCGACGAGCAGUUUUCAACACCUGAAGGAGUGCCUGGGGCCCCGACCUCCUUGGUAGUCACCAACUUAAACCUUGACUCUUUGACCCUUGAAUGGAGUCCACCUCACGAUCGCAAUGGACGAAUCACCGGCUACACGCUCAAAUAUCAGCCAGUCAAUAACUCCAAUGAGCUGGGCACAGUGGAGGAGCUGGCCCUGCUCGCCAAUGAGACCUCAGUCACUUUGCCCAACCUCAAGUACAGCACGCGCUACAAGUUUUAUUUGAGUGCGAAAACAGUCAGGGGACCCGGGCCAGCCAUUACUGAAGAGGCUGUCACCGUCAUGGAUGAAGCUCUUAUGUCACAGCUUGACGUAGAUGGGGCUGAAGGAAGCACCCAAACCUCUCAUCCCAUUGCACGGCUUCCUCCGCGCCGUCCACCCCACAAGGUGUGGCCUGUGAGUCCUUUUGGGAACGUUAGUUCCUCGGUUGGAGAGGACGGGGCCGUCAUCAGUUGGGAGUACUGGGGCCCAGAGAAAACCAUAUACGUAGAAUACAUAGUAGAAAACAGUGAAGGUGAAGAGGAAUGGCAGAAAGAGCUCGUGAACGGCUCUCAGAACGUUGUGCUGAAGGGCUUACAGGGGGGCCGCUCCUAUAGGGUGCGUUUGGUGGCCAAAGGUCACCACGACCAGCCGCUCCACCACUCCAAGGAGCUAUUGGUCACGGUACCAGCUGUGGCGAGCAGACAGGUGGACAUCGCCACUCAGGGAUGGUUUAUUGGUCUCAUGUGUGCCAUUGCAUUGCUCAUCCUGAUCCUCCUCAUUAUCUGCUUCAUUCAGAGGAAUAAAGGAGGCAAAUACCCUGUCAAAGAGAAGGAGGAUGCCCACACAGACCCAGAGUUCCAGCCCAUGAAAGAGGACGACUGCACUUUUGGGGAAUACAGUGACAAUGAGGACCAUAAGCCAUUAAAAGGGAGCCGCACACCGUCUAAUGGGACGGUUAAGAGAGACGACAGUGAUGACAGUUUAGUUGACUACGGGGAAGGAGGAGAAGGACAGUUCAACGAAGACGGCUCCUUUAUUGGCCAGUAUAGCGGAAAGAGUGGCAGCAGGGACACUGCUGAGGGUCACGAGAGCUCGGAGGCCCCGUCUCCUAUUAAUGCCAUGAACUCCUUGAACUCAUUUGUGUAGCCAAUCAGUCCUCACUGACCAGCAUGAGGUGCUGCUCUGACUGCUCGCCCCCAAACCACACCCCUCUCCCCCCAACCACCACCACCACACACACAUCUCUGCUCCAACAGCGCAUGGCUUUAUGAUCACAUGUCCAGUGUCACACAGCUCAUCAAAAGCAUCAACAUUUAUGUUUUUAGUGGGAAAUCCUCAUAGAACGGCUCAGCUCAUUGAGUAGGAACUCGCUCCGUCGGUCAUACAAUUCUAAUUGUGCAUGAAAUACCUGAUAUUACCUAAAAGCAUAUAUUAAUUAACAUAAUAGGUAUUAACAAGUCUUGCAGCGUUGGCGCACCAGGAAUAUCUCACAGACUAUGCAGUGCUUGUCUGAACUAUAUUUGUUCAUAAUUAUUAUUAUUAUUAUUAUUAUUAUUAGUAUUUUAUCUACUAUAUUUAAAUAGUAUUCGGUGUCUACGGUAAAUGACUCACUCCAUGUAUUUUUCCAACACAGCCGUUUGUAAAGGAAACUGUAUUUAAAAAUGUAAUGAGUUCCUUUUAAUUUGAUCAUGCAUUUACAGUGAACAAGGUAGAUCAUGUACAGUGUAUAUAUAUACUGUAUAUAUAUAUAUAUGUAUAUGUAUAUAUAUAUAACGUGAACUAUCUGUAAACUCAAAACUGGGAGCAGUGCACACACACACAGACACACACAGCAUGCUUUAGAUUGCUGUAUUGAUGCAUCUGUAACAGUCACCACGCUGUUGAAAAAAUCCAUCUGCACCUAUGAAGGAGGGAACUGAAAUGGUGCAUGGCAUGUCCAAUGACCUUUGCCCCCACCACCGCAUGUGACCUUGGCUUUUUGAGCUUGAUGUGAGGGCGAGUGGGAAGUGCCACAGCUUGCAGUGCUCCUUCUGCAGGUAGUGCCUUUUCUUCAAAACAGUAAUUCAAUUCUGAAGUCUGUCUUUCCCCCCCCAAGUUCAGUGAUUGGAACAGAUUGGGUAAGAUGUCCAAGUCCAAGAAGAGGAACCUGUGGAGGGGAGGAAUUAUUCAUACGCUCCUCAUCAUCCUCAAAAGACACUGGAUUGGAUUUGAUUCAUCUUAGAAGCUAAAACGUACCCACACUGGGGUCACACUGAAACGUUCUUUCCAUUUUAGUGCAUCGUUUCUGCAGUCAGUAUGUACAGGACCUGAUUGUAUUUCUGCAGUGAAUGAAUGAAUGUGUGAGGUUUAUGUGAGUGCAUAAGUGUGUAUGUUUAAUUCCCAUUAGGGCAAAAAAAAAAAAAAAAAAUGUUCACUUGUACUAACAAUACUUGCGAGCCUUUGAAUGGGAUCAACAUUUGUUUUCUCUUAACUUGCAUCAAGUUUUAUUUUUUUGUUUUGUUUUUUAAAGACUGUAGAAUAUUUGUUAAAUUUGUAAAUAACUUAACUGAUUGUACAGGGACAAGCAGCUUGAAUGGAAGCCUUCGAAGGCAACGUUGUGCAUGAUGUGGUUUAAACCUGUUGAUAGGACUGUAUUAAAUAUAGACGACUUCUAGAGAAUAUAUUCAAUUUGUUUUCUUGCUGUGCACAGUGUACAUUGUACUGUAACUAAAUGGACAAAAAAAAAUGCAUACAUUUGAAUCCUGAUUGUUUUCAGACUUGCUUGCAGGGAGUUUAUAUCUUUAAUUGAUGCACAGAGUGAUGAUCUGAUCUGUGGUGGUUACAGGCAGUCACAUAUACUGCCGGACCAUUGCUCUUUUCUGAUGGUGUUACAAAUGGUUUUGUAUUUAAGAAACUGAUUUUUACUAACAGAUGCUUUCUUUGCCUCUAUUUAAGUUUAUCCUAUUAGUGCAAGUAUGAAUUUCAAGCUUCUGGGAAUUCAAGGAAUGAAUAAAUAAUUAUCUGCUUUGA